AUGUACCGCUACACCUAUGCACCUGCUCCUACACCUCAUCCACAGCGUCCCCGUCACUCCACAUACCUCGACCCUCUACCUUAUCCUCACCACCUGACAGCGCGCUCAUACGAUACAACGUACAUGCUCAGGCCCUACCAUACCGAACCCCAACAACGCCAGAGCUCUCACUACAAAGCACCAUAUUCAACUCAAGCCACGUGUUACCGGCCUGUACAAACGCCGUCUUGGAGGCACGUAAGACCAGUACAGACGCAGCAACCACAGACAAAACAACAGUCCGAACGUGAACGCGAAACAUCACUUCCCCCUCGCAAGAGCAGCCUCAAGAAAACGGCGGAACGACGCGUUCACUUUGACCUCCCACCUGCCGCGCUGCACCAAAGUGCCAGUCGAACGGCGCGCAUAGCAGCUGAGGAGCGGGAGCAAGAGAAGGAACGAGUACGGCAAAAGGGGCGAGAACGAGAAAGAGAGUGUGAUAGAGACAGAGAUAGAAUUUGGCAAAGGGAUCAAGAACGGGAGCGAGACCGUCAAAGAGAAAGAGAUACCUACAAAGAACCCCCAUACCGCCCUCCGGUCCGUCCAACACCACCACCUCACUUCUCGUCAUCACGCCGCUACGACGAAGAAAUGUAUAAACAAGACUACAGAAAUGACUACACAACCACAUCCUCCUACAACACCUACGAAUACGACGCCCAUCGUUCCCACCACUAUACCGCCACCACCUCCUCCCAGCCCCUCUACCCCUCCCUCUCCACUCGUCCCCCUUUCCUGAACCAAUCCCCCCUCCCCACCUACCCAACCGUCUAUAUAAUAACCUACGGUACCUCUGUCCUGCCUAGCCCUAGUAGUGAAAUAUCCAUCUCAACUCUUCUUGCCUCCCAAGUCCCAGCCCGCACACCGCCCAUCCCACACCUCUAUACCAUCGACGCUCGCACCAUGCAACCGCCCAACCCCUCCCUCUGCGCCACAUACUCUGGUAUCUCGCCUCUGAUACAAGAUGUUGUGAUGCAAGAUCCUGCAGCGCGGAAAGCGGCGAGGGAGGCGGUGGAGACGUUGUUGGCGUUUGGAGAAAGGAGGGGACGGGGAAGGCGAGGGGAAGGUGGGGGCAUGGAGGCGAUUGGCGUGUUGCUAGAACUCAAAAGAGCUAGAGAGGAGAGAGACGGAGCACUCCUGUAG